AUGAUCAAUUUCUACCUAAAUUGCUAUUACACCGUGAUAUUAUCCUGGGCAUUUCAUUUCAUAUUCUCCUCAUUUACAACUGAACUCCCAUGGACUAAAUGUGGCCAGCCAUGGAAUACCCCAGCCUGUACUGUAUUUACAAAUCAACCGAAAAAUGAGACGAUUUUACAAUAUACUAAUAUUACUCAUAAUGUUGCGACUAUACAGGGGAUUAAUCAAAGCGUGUUGGCAGUCGAUGCCACUACGGAAUAUUGGGAAAAUCGUGUUCUGCGUAUAUCUGACGGGAUACAUAAUCUGGGAACAAUUCAAUGGGAUUUAGCCUUAUGCCUCUUGCUUACAUGGAUUGUUAUAUAUUUAUGCAUUUGCAAGGGUAUUAAAACAUCAGCAAAGGUUAUGUAUGUCACUGCCCUGUUACCUUAUGUGUUUAUGAUUACACUACUGAUAAGAACUGCAAUCUUGGAAGGUGCUACAGAUGGUCUAAUCCACUAUCUGAAACCGGAUUGGUCAAAGUUAACAGAUAUGACAGUAUGGUCUGAUGCUGGAACGCAAAUCUUUUUCAGUUACAGUAUCGGUUUAGGAGUGCUGACAGCUUUCGGGAGUUAUAAUAAAUUUCAUCAUAAUUCCUUGAGAGAUUGCACUUUAUUCGCACUGGCUAACACAUUUACAAGUCUCUUGUCCGGUUGUGUUAUCUUCUCAACCCUUGGAUAUAUGUCGCACAUAUCAAAUAUCCCACUGAGUUUAAUCGCAGAAUCUGGUCCAGGUCUGGGGUUUGUUGUUUAUCCAAAAGCCAUCGGGACAAUGCCAGGAAGUCCAUUUUGGUCAAUAUGUUUCUUUUCAAUGAUUAUACUCCUUGGAAUUGACAGUAUGUUUGGUGGAGUAGAAGGUUUUGUGACCGCUGCGACGGAUUAUUUCCCCCACGCAAUGGCUAAGACAUGGAUUCGUUGUCUAUUUGUCGGUUGUGUAUGCUUUGCAUCCUAUUUGGUUGGUUUAUCUAUGGUCACCAAUGGCGGAAUGUAUGUAUUCCAGUUGUUUGAUUAUUACACUGGAAGUCGCAUCAUCUUGAUUGUAGGAUUAUUGGAAUCUACAGCAGUUGGAUAUAUCUACGGUUUCAAACGUAUUUCAGAUGAUAUGAAAUUAAUGUAUGGUGUUUCCUUGAAAUGGUUGGCAUUCAUAUUUUGGUGCGUAUUAACGCCGAUAUUCACUCUUAUUCUCUUCAUUAUCAGUGCCAUUGUGUAUGAAGAACUGACAUAUAAGCGGGCGUCAUCUAGUCAUGUCUAUCAUUUUCCUAGCUGGUCGGUGAAAUUGGGUUGGUUUAUGGCAAGUUUCAGUAUAUUUCUUAUACCAUGUGUAAUGAUAAUCAAGCUUAUCAGAACACCUGGAAAGCUUCUACAAGUGAGCGAAAUACCCUUGAAUAAAUUUUAUAUCGCUAUUUCUCGUGUUUGA